GGUCAGAUUCAUAACUGUUGAUUGAAAUGUUUUAAACUGGGAUAUAAAGUUGUGAUAAAGUUCUUCUACAGGAAAUAUUGGAUAAAUUCGUUAUGAGACACAUUGAACUAAUGAACAGCAGAAUUUCCUGGUUGUUUCUGGUUUUAAUAGUGAGAUGUUUGAUUGUAAAAGGAUGUUCGAACCCCAGCAUGGCUGUUCAUGAAGCUCCGCCCCAUGGGCUGAGAUGAGACUUUUCAAAAUCUGAAAGCGGUUUGUUUUAUGGGGUGGAGACUCAACAAUUACCUUACACGUGUGAGACAGUCGGGAAAGUCCCACGAGCUAAAUCUGAAUCAUUCUUUACGAAUCUCUGACUGGAAAUGAUUUGAACCACGCGGGCGUUUGAGUUCACGAGUUCGUUAAGUAUAGAGUCUCCAAUCCGGGGGGGAGGUGACCCAUGCGUGGAUCCGCAUGUUGUAGAGACUUCACCCUCUGGUUAUAAACCCUUCAGAUCAGAAUGAGUGAGAUUGGAAACAUUAAGUUUUGAGUUUAAGGCGAUAAACGUGGUUGACCUGGUUGUUCUUAUCGUGACUCUUUCGCCCAGAGGUGAUCGUUCACCUAUGAGACCAGACGAGUCUCCGCCUCACUCAGUGCUUGAGAGAAAACUUUGUCGAAGAGACUAAUAUGAGCGAGGAACCAGCGCUGGAAGAUACUAAACUUAACCAGGGUCAGACCAAAGAGGACCAUGCCCAGCAGCAGCAGCAGCAGCAGGAGGAGGAGGCGGGGGACCCGACGCGGUGCGCCGACGAAAACAAGCUGAAGGACGGUCAUGAAGCGACGCCGACCACCCGCCUGUACCGCCGGCGCUGGAUGAUCGUGCUCCUCUUCAGCUGCUACUCUCUGUCCAACUCCUUCCAGUGGAUCCAGUACGGCAUCAUCAGCAACAUUUUCAUGAAGUUCUACAACGUGGACGCCUUCACCAUAGACUGGAUGUCCAUGAUCUACAUGCUGACGUAUAUUCCCUUCAUUUUCCCGGUCACCUGGCUCCUGGACAAGCGGGGGCUGCGGGUCAUCGCGCUGAUGGCCACCACGCUCAACUGCGUCGGGACGUGGAUCAAGGUGGCCAGCGUCAAACCCAACCUGUUCGCCGUCACCUUCCUGGGCCAGUCCUGCUGCUCCCUGGCGCAGGUGUUCAUCCUCGGGAUGCCGUCGAGGAUCGCCUCGGUGUGGUUCGGCUCGGAAGAGGUGUCCACCGCCUGCUCCAUCGGAGUCUUUGGGAAUCAGCUGGGCAUCGCCAUCGGGUUCCUUGUGCCUCCCAUGCUGGUGCCUAAUGUGGACGACAUGGACAAACUGGCUCACCACAUCAGCAUUAUGUUCUACAUCACAGCAGGGGUGGCGACCUUACUCUUCAUCCUUGUUGUCUUCGUCUUCCAGGAACGUCCCGAACUUCCCCCGACUAAGGCCCAGGCCACAGCUCGUAGCAUCCCGCCAGAGCAGUACUCCUACACUGCCUCCAUCCUCAGGCUGCUGCGCAACAAGCCCUUCAUCUUCCUCAUCAUCACUUACGGUCUGAACGUAGGAUGUUUCUAUGCUGUUGGCACCCUGCUCAACCGUAUGAUCAUUGAGCAUUACCCUGGAGAAGAGGUGAAUGCUGGGAGGAUCGGCCUCACCAUUAUCAUUGCAGGGAUGGUCGGCUCUCUGAUCUGCGGCAUCUGGUUGGACAAGACUAAAACCUAUAAGCAGACCACUCUUGCGGUCUACUUCAUGUCUCUGGUGGGGAUGAUCGUCUAUGCAGCUACACUCAGUCUGGGACACCUCUGGGUGGUCUUCAUCACAGCUGGAUCUCUCGGGUUCUUCAUGACAGGUUACCUGCCGCUGGGCUUUGAGUUUGCUGUCGAGCUGACGUACCCAGAGUCUGAGGGAACGUCCUCUGGACUCCUCAACUGUUCAGCACAGGUGUUUGGCAUCAUAUUCACCAUCUGCCAGGGGAAGAUCAUCGACACCUUUGGCACGUUGGCAGGAAACAUCUUCCUCUGUGUCUUUCUUCUAAUCGGCACAAUAAUGACAGGUUUUAUCAAAUCUGACCUGCGCAGACAAAAGGCAAACCUCAUGGCCAAAGCAGCAGAGGAGGGGCAGAUGUCGGGACAAGACUACGGAGCCACGGCACUAAUCUCCCAGCCGCAGACUCCUCCCUCUCAAGCCUGAUCAAUAAACCUUUCUGCUUCCUGCAAAAAAACAAUCAUCAUCUUCAAAUCAUUGCUCGACACGCAGUCGCACAAAGGUAGGAGCACAGCUAUGUUGAUUACC